CUCAAGCCAAUGUUUGCUUCCUUCAUUCCUUCCUUCCUCUGUCCUCCCCUUCCUCGUUCCUAGACAUAUACAUACUAGUAGUAGAUUGGCAUAAACCAGGAGCUAGGCGAUCGUGGAGCAAGCUAAUAAUGGCGCGCAUCAUGACAACAAGGCGGUCGGACAGCAUCGCCGACAUGAUGCCCGAAGCUCUGCGCCAGAGCCGGUACUACAUGAAGAGCUGCUUCCAGCGGUACGUCUCCCGGGGCAGCAGGCUCAUGAAGCAGCAGCAUCUCCUGGAGGAGCUCCACGCCGGUAGCUCGGACAGCUUCCUCGGGCACGUCAUUUCCUGCACGCACGAGGCCGUGGUGCUCCCUCCCUACGUGGCCUUGGCCGUGCGGAGGAACCCUGGCGUCUGGGAGUACAUCACCGUCCACUCCGGCGACCUCACCGUCCAGCAGAUCACGCCCUCCGACUACCUGAGGCGCAAGGAAAGCCUAUACGACGACCACUGGGCGCAGGACGACAACUCCCUGGAGGUGAACUUGAGCCUCUGCCUCUCCACGCCCCGCCUCACGCUGCCUUCCUCCAUCGGCAACGGCAUGCACUUGCUGUCCAGAUUCCUGUCCUCCAGCCUCGGCGGCGUGAACAAGAUCAAGCCACUGCUGGACUACCUGCUGGCGCUCAGGUACCAGAACACUAAGCUACUCAUCAGCGACACCCUCCUCGACACGGUGGGCAAGCUUCAGGCCGCGCUGCUCCUCGCCCAGGCCUUCGUCUCCGAGCAGCACCCGGACACGCCGUUCCAGCAGAUGGCGCACAGGUUCCACGAGUGGGGACUGGAGAAAGGAUGGGGCGACACCGCCGGGGCGUGCGGCCAGACGCUGGGCUUCCUCUCCGAGAUGCUCCAGGCGCCGGACCCUGUCAGCGUGGACAGGUUCUUCAGCAGGGUGCCGUCGGUGUUCGACGUCGUCAUCUUCUCCGUCCAUGGCUACUUCGGGCAGCACAAGGUCCUGGGGAUGCCCGACACCGGCGGCCAGGUCGUGUACAUCCUGGACCAAGUUAGAGCGCUUGAGGAGGAGCUUCUUCAAAGAAUCAAAGGGCAGGGCCUCACUUUCAAGCCCAACAUCCUUGUGGUCACAAGGCUCAUACCAGAAGCAAAGGGCACCACCUGCAACGUGGAGCUGGAACCUAUUGACAAGACAAGGCACUCCAGCAUCCUCCGUGUGCCAUUCAAGACCCAAGAUGGCCAGGAUCUGCCCCACUGGGUCUCCCGCUUCGACAUCUACCCUUACCUAGAGAGAUACGCCCAGGAUUCUUGUACCAAGAUCCUUCAUAUAUUGGGGCGCAAACCAGACCUGGUCAUCGGCAAUUACACUGAUGGCAAUUUAGUAGCUUACCUGGUGUCAAGGAAGCUAGGAGUUACCCAGGGGACGAUUGCGCAUGCUCUCGAGAAGACAAAGUAUGAGGAUUCCGAUGUCAAGUGGAGGGAAAUGGACCACAGGUAUCAUUUCUCAUGCCAGUUUACUGCUGAUAUGAUCGCGAUGAACACCAGCGACUUCAUCAUCGCUAGCACCUACCAAGAAAUAGCAGGAAGCAAAGACAAACCUGGCCAGUAUGAGAGCCACUAUGCGUUCACAAUGCCAGGGCUCUGCCGCUUCGCUACAGGCAUCAGCGUCUUCGACCCCAAGUUCAAUAUCGCUGCGCCUGGCGCAGAUCAAUCUGUUUAUUUCCCCUUCACACUAAAGCACAAGCGCCUCAUGGGCUUGCACCCACAGAUCGAGGAGCUAGUCUACGGCAAAGAGGAAAAUGAUGAGCACAUAGGGUACUUGCAAGACAGGAGCAAGCCGGUCAUAUUUUCAAUGGCAAGGCUUGACAAGGUCAAGAACAUCACUGGGCUGGUUGAAUGGUAUGGCCAGAACAAGAGGCUCAGGGACCUUGCUAACCUUGUAGUCGUGGGAGGGCUCCUGGACCCCAAGCACUCCAAGGACAGGGAGGAGAUUGAGGAGAUAAACGAGAUGCACAGUUUGAUCAACAAGUACCAGCUCAAGGGGCAGAUCCGCUGGAUAAAAGCCCAGACAGACCGUGUGCGCAACGGGGAACUUUACCGUUGCGUAGCAGAUACCAGGGGAGCCUUUGUUCAGCCUGCGCUCUAUGAAGCGUUCGGACUAACUGUCAUUGAGGCAAUGAACUGUGGGCUGCCAACCUUUGCAACAAAUCAGGGAGGCCCCGCAGAAAUCAUCGUCAAUGAGGUCUCCGGUUUCCAUAUCAAUCCACUUGAUGGCAAAGAGGCAAGCAACAAGAUUGCCAACUUCUUCCAGAAAUGCAACGAAGAUCCAAUGUACUGGAACAGAAUGUCCACUGCUGGACUGCAACGCAUCUACGAAUGCUACACCUGGCAGAUCUAUGCAACCAAAGUUCUGAACAUGGGGUCCAUGUAUGGCUUCUGGAGGACUCUGGAUAAACAAGAGAAGCAGGACAAACAGCAUUACCUAAACAUGUUCUACAACCUUCAUUAUAGGAAGCUGGCAAAUACGGUGCCAAAAGUGGGCGAACAGCCUGAGCAAGCUACGGCAGCGGCAUUGCCUGAUAGGUCGGCAACAAGGCCAAAAGAAAGAGGGACACAGAUAAGGAUUCAAAGAACUGUGAGCAACUUACUUGGACCAGUGCUUCCAGCCUCCCAUCUCUCGGAUGCUGCCUGAAUUGAGGGGCUAUCCUGACCAAAACCAGAUGUGUGCCCGAGUGAUAAUCUGUUUCCUCCUUUUUUUUCCUCAUAACUGUCAUUGACUGCGAAAGAUGUAAAUGGAAAAUAAGUAAAUAAAUGUGUUAAAAACAGUAAAUAAAAUAAAAUAGUAGAUGUCCAUGAUGAUUGUGAAAGCAAUAGGUACUGGCCAGAGUUGCAAGCUGCCCGUGACAUGAACCAUCACCAACCUGGCACAAGCAAUACUUGCCAGUAGUCCCUGGAAGAGGGGAUAGCUUACCGAUCGAUACAGAGCAGGUGCACCUUGCAUAACUGCACAUAUGAAUAUGAUGCAAGUUAGAAAAAUAGUGUUCCAAAAGGUAAUUUCACCAGAGAAAUAAGCACUUACGUGUAACAGAGGUUGUUUGUAAGAGUCUGCAACUCAUCAGCAGAGAAGUUGUUUUCAUCCCACAAGACAUGAUAAUGAGCUGGACAGCUAGUGCCCUUACAUGGGGUAGGUAAAUGAUGACUUGUAUGUAAGAUAGAACGAUAUUAUCUGACAGACCAGGUGCAAGCAAAUCAUGGCUAGAUUAGGUAUCCGCAUAGGUUUUUUUAAGGGGAUAAAAUUAGAGGCUUAGUUUAGAAGCGAAAAUUAGAAGUCUUAAUUCAUCACCCUCUUAGGCGUCCAUAUUUCUUUCAAUAGUGACUUCAUUCUUUAACUGAACGAUGUUUUCUUUGUGCUUUCUAUGAGAAAGAAUAUGAUUUUUAUAUCA